AUGGAGACCGCAGUGCAGCCCAGGCCACAGCCGCCCAAGAGCCUCAACAAGCUGUUGAACAACGAUGAGCCUCCCGCCAAUGGCACGUCGCAGCUGCGGGAUUCAGGCUUCUACUCGACGGGCGACAUUUCCAGCAAACACACAUCAUCAGCAUCCUUCAACAGCCACGGUCUGAGCCCUGCCGCCUCCGGGUACCAGUCAUCAACCGACAAGACUCCCUCGCCCAUCUCCGGCCACAUGUCCACAAACCACCCUGUCAUCUCGCCGACGGCGCCCAGCAUGAGCGUCGCCCACAUGGUCUCGCCAACGGCAACGCAUGCCCCAGAGUACCGUCCGCUCCACCACCAGCGUUCCAUGGACUCGGGCCACAGCUCGGCAACGAUGGACGGCGCAACGCUAGCGAGGCGCGAGAGCGUGGACAGCAGGAUCAACCAAGGCAUAUCCAACAUACAAUUGAGCAACAGCAACAAUAACAACUCCCCCUACACCAGCCACAACCCUUCGACGACCUCCUUCCAGAGCACACUGCACUCGCAGCGCAACCCCCGAUCAGGGCUCGAGACGCCGCCAGUCCACCGAAUCUCCAACGGCUACGCGCCUCACAACGAAAGGAAUCCCGACGCCAAGUACCCCCGGACGGCUCCGACCAUCACCGGCCCGACUACCAGUCACAUUGCUCGUGCGGCCGAGCCCGUCAAGGGUCAGGCAUGGGCUUUCCCCGAAGACCGCGAGGACCCACGCUACAGCCAGCACUCGGCCUACGACCUGUCUCGUCGCAGCAGCAUCUCCGAGUCCAUUGCCAGCAGCCAGUUCACCGCCGACUCACGUCUGCCCCCCGGGCAACGCCGGCUUGACGAUGGCCCCUCACCACCGGCGGUGCCGGAGAUUCCGCUGCAGCAUCGACAGGUGUCUGGGCUGCAGGAUGAUGGCAUGACAGGCAACCAGCCCUACAGCCGCACGCCCGAGUUGCGCGUCAGCCACAAGCUGGCCGAGCGCAAGAGGCGCACGGAGAUGAAGGAGCUGUUUGACAACUUGCGCGACCAGAUGCCCCAGGAGCGAGGGACUAAGGCGUCCAAGUGGGAGAUUUUGACAAAGGCUAUCGAGGAGCACAAGUACCAGGCAAGCCUGAUUGCGCAGCUUCGCCACGAGAACAGCAAGCUCCGCCAGGAGAACGAAGCCAUGCGCAGUCAGAUGAGCGGAUACCGCGUGGAGGCACCACCCGCGUCAGCACAUCACGCCGGGGCGCCGCCGCCGCCUCCACAGCCACAUGCGAACCAUGCCUCGUACGCUCCGGAGUACAGCAGCGGCAGCCGCACAGAGCUACCCCCUCUGCGGUCUCUCGGGCCAGACAACAUGACGGGCGUUCAGUACGAGGGUACCCCUAACGGAGCCGGGUAUCGUCAUGCCUAG